AUGUGGUAUACCAGGCCCCAGUUGAAAGUCCCUUGGGAACCCAAACGGCAACUCAAAGCAAGUCUAAAAGUUGAAGUAGUCGGGAGAAAAGUUANCUUUGUCGAUAUGAACUCGUCCAAGUUCCAAAUUUCGUGCAAAGUCGGAAAAAUAUUCUAUAACAUUUCCAAACGAAGGGAUGGAACUGUGGGAGAACUUGUUAUAAAAAGCUUGGCUCCACUGCCUUUCCAUGCUAUGCCAGAAUGGAAGGGUAAACUCACUGAUUUAAGGCGCAAAGGUCUUUUUGACCUGAGAGAAUCUAUUGAAAACAUACUACAUCAGCACUUGAUAGAACCUGAGAUUCCCAAGGUACAUUAUGUUGACGAACGAGGAAUCAUCGAAGAACCAUAUGACUCAGCGGAAGACAUGCUGGAGAAGAAGGGCUUCGUUAUCAAAGUAAAGGAAAUGUACAAGUGGAAAAAUUUGCCUUUGGCUAAGGUUAUUUUCUGCGAUUGUCAGAGAUUUGCAAAAUUGAUUCGUAAGAAUCCGGGAGACAUUCGACUAUUGGCAGAAUACUAUAACCGAAUUCCUGGUCAUAAAGUCAACAGAUUUGCAGCUAACCAAGAGGAGAAGGUCUUAUUUCGUAAAAUGUUAUACACAAAUGCAGCCCGAGUUCCUCAAGAUGAUGACUAUGUUGUGUGGAAGAAUUCUUACAUCUCCCCGUUGUUUCCACGAGACAGCAUCGGAAGUCUCAUUAGAGACCUUAAGAAAAGAAAACAUGGUAUGGAAAGUCCUCGACUCAGUAUCCCUAACUCUGCUGAACCUGGCCAUGUGGAUGCAUCCUCUUCGUCAGGAGGUAGAUCUGUCUCCUCUGAGCAUUCUGCAGGCUUCUCCGACCCAUUUCAAGGUUCAGCUUCCCACAGGGAUCAAGAAUGCGCCUUUUGCCAUUCAAAGACCGGGACUCUAAAAAGGUGCCUUGGAUGUAAAAAAGUGUUUUACUGUGGUAAAAUGUGCCAGAAAAAGCAUUGGAAGAAACACAAAACUGACUGUAAGAGUAACAGGAAACUUUGAAGACGUGUGUGAGUCUUCUUGCAGUUCAUAGAGACGAUCAGAAACACUGAAUUACACAACUAAAACGUUGCGUGAAGUAAGUUUGAAAUUCGAAAUUAAAUUGAUUGACACGAAAGUCGCGAAAGCACAACAUCAUGAACAAAAUGGUGGGCAGGUUAGAAGUAACAACGUUUUAAUCCAGAAUAACAACAACAACAACAAAAAACAAACAAAAAAAAGCACAAGUAACAGAUUUAUUGAAAUGUAGGAAAUUGAGGUCCUGAAAAAAUCUGUCUCGGAAUUUACGCGACAGUUCGUACGAAAGACGGGGAGUUUUAAUUAAGAGCGUACUAGCCUUCGUGUCAGUUGGUUAAUCAUAUUAAGCAAAUGUUGAUCGAGAAAGAGCGCAAACACUCAAUUAUUCCUGACAGAAAGUUUAAGGCUCGAAGCAAAUUCUUGCGAAAAACCUACGACGACACCGACAUUGCAUAGGCAAGAGGCCACACUGGUGAUCCCUAACACGGAUGAGAGAAAAACAGAGUCAAAUUUUUCCAU